GUUUAACCUAGAAUGCUUCAAGUCCAACCUCUCUUACACACCCAUCUGGGAGCUGCAGUAUGCAGAUGACAAUGCUGAGAGGACCAUCUCUUCUUGGCCUACCUGACUAUGAACAUCAAAAAGACCAAGAGUCAAGUCAUGCAGACCUCAACCGAUCCCUCUCAUCAACAGUUCCCCUGACCUCUCCCACACCUGGACAAGGUGCCCCAGAACGCCACUCGCUGUACUAUGUGUACACAGCCCUGUCAAAGGCUGUCAACGCACCAGGCAUCUUUGAAUUUACUGCCAUGGGCCUACUAGACGGCAGAAAGAUUGAUUACUAUAACAGUAAAGACAAAGUCAAGAUUCCUCAACAGGACUGGAUGAAAAAAAAGCUUCCAGCGGACUACUGGGAAAAGGGCACCCAGUCACGUAAAAGCAAAGAGCAAUGGUUCAAAGUCAAUGUGAACAUUCUGAUGGAACGCAUGAGACAGAAUGGAUCUGAUGUUCACGUCCUCAUGUGGAAACAUGGCUGUGAGGUUAACAGAAUGGCAGAUGGUUCUGUCACGUUUGUUAAAGGUGUUGAUGCAUACAGCUUUGAUGGAAAGGAUUUCCUUUCCUUUGAUGAUAAAUCAAUGCAUUGGGUUGCCCCAGUUAAUGAAGCUAUACCCACAAAACAGAAGUGGGAUAUGGUUCCCAUCCUGAAUCAGUACACCAAGGGCUACCUGGAGAAGGAGUGCGUGGACUGGCUGGGCAAGUUCAGAAAAUAUGGGGACAAAGAAUUACAACAACAAGUGAAAGUUUCUCCACCAAAGGUUCGUCUUUUUGCUAAAGCAGACAGAUCUUCAAAUACACUAAAGUUGACCUGCAUGGCCACAGGUUUCUACCCCAAAGACAUUGAGAUCAUCAUUCGGAAAGGAAAGGAGGUUAAAGCGGAAGGUGAUAAUAAUAAUGUCAUGCCCAAUGGCGAUGGAACCCAUCAGAUCAAACUGAGUGUGGAGGCCAAAUGGUCAGACAUUAAUGAUUAUGAGUGUGAGGUGAACCACAUAGGCCUGGAAGAACCAAUUAUGAAAGCUUGGUCAUUAGACGGAGAAGCACCUGAUGAAAAUUCAAACACUGGACCGAUAGUGGGAGGGUUGGUGGUGGUACUGAUACUAGCAACAAUGGUGAUCUUGGCCAUUGCUGUUAAAAAAGGCUGGAUUUGUGGUAAGUUCUCCAUAUCACUGAAACUGAUAGCAGAUUCAUGGUAG